UUCAUCUACGCUCACCAUCAUCCUUCUCGCAUGUUACCCCCGAUCCAUGGGGAGAAUCACCGACCUGAAGAUUCUUCAGUCCUCUUUACAGGCUGCACACAAAUACGAAAUGCCUAUCUUCGAUGACAUCGAUGAAGCCAUGAUCGCAGAUGCCGUCAAAGUCAAUCCUCUUGCUGUGUAUGCCACAGCCUGCCGUCUUCACAUGCAGAACAUCGCGGACAUCGCAGCUCGAGCCACCUUAAAGCAGUCCUCAAGCGUCAAUAGACGCACGGACGAGCUUCACGGUAUCACAGGCAUGCAAUACUAUAAUUUACAGCAGUAUCACCGUGAUUGCGGAGCCGCUUCCGCUGAAGCCUGCUCUCGAACUGAUUGGUUUUCUUAUCUCACCAACACCGUGAGGAACGAUUUGUCUUCCAGCCACUGCUUUUACUGCUGGAAUACUGCGCUCGGUGGCCAGUGGUACGCACCCUCGUGGUUAUGGGAAUACCUUACCAGCGUGCGAAGCGCUGUAUCAGUGGAACCGUGUGGAGACGCCGCUCUCGAGCCAUCAAGGCUGUCCAUCCCAGUGACCGCACCGUGCGCGCACAGUGGACACCCACGCUCGAUAUCUGGGCUGGUCCUCUUCUCGCGCGCACUUGCAAACGAGAUUGAUCGAGUGACCCGCGAGGUGCCUACUCCUCGGGUCUGAACUUGUUUGUAACUUGCGGUGACAUUCACGCCGCUGUCGAGAUUUUUUUUCUCUUCUCUGGGGCACGUAAGGCUGUAUGACCAGGUCACUGUAUGUCUCACCAUGUACAAGCUUUUCCUGCGGGAAUUUUUCCUGAUUUCGUAAUUCAUUCGU